AAUUGUGCACCCGUGCACACUUGUUAAAACCACCCACAAAGGAAAGCUUCAAGAGCUCUGUUUUGUGGCGCAAAACACAACCCAAAAAAUAUCAUUCAGAUUGUUUCCAAACGACGCCAUCAACAUCGUCGUUUGCAGCAGAAACUCUCUGUGGGACGCCACGACAAGUCAUUUCCACCACCCGCUGAGCGCAGCAAUCGGAAAUGAGCAGACUGCAGAACCCCGCCAAAGUCGCGCUGCGGCACAAGAUGAAGGAAACCCUCGGAGCGAUGAGUGCCACGGCCAGGGCCGAGCAGUCGGAGAUAAUUACCAGAAAGAUACAAGAGUUGCCAUUUUAUAAAAACUGUAAAAGAGUUAGCAUCUAUUUGAGCACUGAACGAGAAGUGAGCACGGUGGAGCUAAUGAAACAAAUGUUUGCUCAGAAUAAGCAGGUCUUUGUUCCGACGUAUGACCGGACCACGAUGCGAAUGGUCCGGCUCGCCGAUAUGGCCGAUUACGAGGGGCUGCCGAAAACCAGCUGGAAUAUCAAGCAGCCCGACUUUGGGGACGACACCCGGGAGUAUUGUCUAGCAACAGCCGGCUUGGACCUGAUUAUCCUUCCGGGAGUGGCCUUCACCCGGAGCGGACGUCGCCUUGGCCACGGAGGUGGAUACUACGACCGUUUCCUGCGCGACUACUUUGCAAAAUUUCCCAACCAGAAGGAGGCUAAAGACGGCACCGCUGCCGGGACCAAAACCUACCUUGUGGGGGUCGCCUUCCGCGAGCAGCUGCUCCCCGAGGGCCAACUCCCCAGCGACGAGCACGAUUUUCCACUAGAUUUAAUCGUCUGGCCCGGAGAUGAAUAAUUCGGUGAAGGAGGACGGUUCUUUUUUUUUAACCUGAGUGAAAUAAAAGCGGCAUUGAAAGACAAGUUGGUUU